AUGGCGGAGCCAGACGGCGGUGUGCGGGGGCGGCCUGGGCCGGGCGUUGCGGUGGCCGAUGGGCUGUCCUCGGCAGAGCCGGGCCGCGGCCUCUCCCGGCCGGGCCAGGAAGGCGCGCAGCGGGGGCCUCCCGGGCAGCCUCCGCAGGUCGCGCAGCAUCCUGGCCCCCAGCGAGCACAGCCAGCCGAGCUCCAACUCCCAGGCCGGGGCUUCAGCAUCAGCGGUGGAGGAGUAAUGCUGGUUCAUGAUAUCCGGAAGAAUGAGAGCCGGGUGAUUGACUUCCGAGAGACUGCCCCAUUCAAUAUCCAAGAAGAGGGACUUAGGAAGGCUUGGGAAACAAAGCCGGGCCUCCUGGUUGGCGUUCCAGGCAUGGUCAAAGGGCUCCAUGAAGCACAUCAAUCUUAUGGGAGGCUGCCAUGGAGACAGCUGCUGGGUCUUGCUGCAGAUGUAGCCCAAGAUGGAUUCAAUGUCACACAUGAUUUAGCAAUGGCUAUCAGAGAUGUGAAAGAACAGCAUAACUACUCAGACAGAUUCAAAGAGAUUUUCCUUCCGGAUGGCCAGCCCUUGCUGCCUGGCAUGUUUAUGAGAAGGCCUGAUCUGGCUGCGCUUUUACAUUUAUUAGGGUCAGGAGGGGUCUCAGCUUUCUACAGUGGAAAUGUGACACAAGAAAUUAUUUCAGAGGUCCUUAAAUAUGGAGGCACCUUGUCUGAAGAAGACUUUAGUAACUACACCGUCUUGAUGGACAAUCCAGUCCAUACAAUAUAUCAAGGUCAUCUUGUCCUGAGUCCAUCACCUCCACAUGUUGGCCCUGCUCUGAUCACUGCUCUGAACAUCCUUGAGGGUUUUAACAUUACCAGCCAAGUAGCCAGGGAAAAUAUUCUCCAGUGGAUAACAGAGGAAGAAGGUGAAGGUGUGAAAGGGAUCCCUGAGCGCAUGCGCGGCCUGGCGACCAACAGACCCACUAACUGA